AUUUUCAAAGAGUUUAUAAAUAGUAAUAUCGAAGAUGAAUUUUAUUUAACUUGCUAUGGAAAAUAUUUCAUGAAAGCACUUAUUAAAUUUAAAGAUGAUAAAUUGAUUCGAUCUUUAGGCCAGAGAUGUGUGAAUAAGUGUGUGCAUGAUAAUAAUCAUUUGAUUUCUAAGAUUUCUUUGUUGAGUAUUGUUUUUGAAAACUUUAAAGAAUUAUCAGAAAUUCAUCCUACAUUUAUAGCAAGUAUUUUAUCCGUUAUAGGAUUUGUAGUUCCUUCUACUACCGUGAAUAAAAACUCUACUUCUUCACACCUUUCCAGUUAUGGGAGAUACUGUCAAUUAUCUAAAACAUGGUAUCUUGAUUUAUUAAUUUCUAGUCUUUGGGUUCGUUGGAAUAGUUUUUUCCAAAAAGACCAAAAACAUUUUCUAAAUUUUCAAAAUACUCAUUAUUCAAUAAUACUUGCAAUUCCUCUACCAAACUUUGUUUCUUAUCCAAAAAAAUAUAAUUUUUGGAAAGAAUUAUUGUUACCUAGUAAAAAUUCUUUUACACAUUCAAAUAAUCUUGGAGUGGUUACUGAAGAAUUUUAUAGAUAUCUAA